AUGUUCCUUUGUCAUUGUUUUUUUUUUUUUCUUUACACUUUCUGGUCAUUUUUUCUUUUUUCAAUCGUGUUUUUUCUUUACUUUGUCCUUUUUACUCUUCGCUUUAAUAUUUUCUGCACAAUUGUGUCUCUUAUCGUGUCUCUUUUUUUGCUCUUCUCUUUACACUCUCCAUUGUGUCUCUUCUUCACUGUAUUCUUUAACUCUCCUCUUCCUUUACAGUCUCAUGUUUAUACCUGGUCGUGCUUCUUUUGCUCUUUUUACACUCUCCAGUUGUCUCUUUUUCACUGUAUUCUUUUUAUACUCUCUGGUUGUCUCUUCUUUUACAUUCUCGGUUUAUACAUGGUCGAGCCUCUUUUUUGCUUUCUCUUUUACACUCUCCAGUUGUCUCUUUUUCACUGUAUUCUUUAUACCUCUGGUCGUGCCUCUUUUUUUGCUCUUCCCUUUGCACUCUCAGUUGUGUCCUUUUCACUGUAUUCUUUAUACUCUCUGGUCGAGCCUUUUUUUGCUUCUUUUACACUCUCCAGUUGUGUCUCUUUUUCACUGUCUUUAUAUUCUCUGGUCGUGCCUCUUUUUUUGCUUCUUUACACUUCCAGUUGUGUCACUCUUCACUGUAUUCUUUCUCUGGUCGUGCCUCUUUUUGCUCUUCUCUUUACACUUUUAUUUGUCGUGCCUUUUUUUGCUCUUUUUACACUCUCCUUUUCAUGUCUUCUCUUUACACCUCCAGUUGUAUCUCUUUUUCACUGUAUUCUUUAUACUCUCUGGUCUCCUUUUUUGCUCUUCUCCUUUACACUCUCCAGUUGUGUCUCUUUUUUCACUGUAUUCUUUAUACUUCUGGCCGUGCUCUUUUUUUGCUCUUCCUUUACACUCUCCAGUGCCUUUUCUUUUUUUAUACUCUCUGGUCUCUUUUUUGCUCUUCUCUUUACACUCUUGUGUCUCUUUUCAGUUGUUUUCUUUUUUUCACUGUAUUCUUUAUACUCUCUGGUCGUGCCUCUUUUUUGCUCUUCUCUUUACACUCUCCAGUUGUGUCUCUUUUUCACUGUAUUCUUUAUACUCUCUGGUCGUGCCUCUUUUUUGCUCUUCUCUUUACACUCUCCAGUUGUGUCUCUUUUUCACUGUAUUCUUUAUACUCUCUGGUCGUGCCUCUUUUUUGCUCUUCCCUUUACACUCUCCAGUUGUGUCUCUUCUUCACUGUAUUCUUUAUACUCUCUGGUCUUCACUCUUCUCUUUACACCUCUCCAUUGUGUCUCUUUUUCAUGUAUUCUUUCUGGUCGUGCCUUUUUUUUGCUUUUUUUACACUCUCCAGCUCUUUUUCUGUAUUCUUUUACUCUUUGGUCGUGCCUCUUUUUGCUCCAGUUGUGUCUCUUUUUCACUGUAUUCUUUAUACUCUCUGGUCGUGCCUCUUUUUUGCUCUUUUUUCUGUAUUCUUUAUACUCUCUCUCUUUACACUCUCAGUUGUGUCUCUCUAUUUUUCUUUAUACUCUCUGGCCGUGCCUCUUUUUUGCUCUUCUCUUUAUUUUAUGCCUCUCUUUUUUAUUUUGUGUCUCUUUUCAUUAUUUUUUUUGCUCUUCUCUUUACACCCCAUUUUUCUUUAUACUCUCUGGUCGUGCCUCUUUUUUUGCUCUUCCUUUACACUCUCAGUUGAGUCUCUUUUUCACUGUAUUCUUUAUACUCUCUGGUCGUGCUUUUUUUUGCUUCUUCUCUUUAUCCUGUCACUCUGUUUUCUUUAUAUUUUCUUUGCCUCUUUUUUGCUUUCCCUUUACACUCUCAGUUGUGUCACUUUUUUCACUGUAUUCUUUAUACUCUCUGGUCGUGCUUUUUUUAUCCAGUUGUUCUCUUUUUUCAAUCUUCUCUUUAUCCUCUUUUUUUGAUUAUUUUUUUGCUCUUCCUUUAUCUUUUUCAUCCUCUUUUCAUAUUUUCUUUAUUACCAUAGAUUUUUUUUAUUUCUCCUCAUUUAUAUUUUUCUCUUCAUCUUUAUUAAUUUUUGUCUUUCCUUCCCUUCUCAUUUUUUCACCCACUUCCUCUUUUUUUUUUGUCUUUUUUCUCUUCCCCAAAUUUACCUUCUUCCUCUUCUCCCCCACACCAUAUUUACUCUCCUCUUAUUUCUUUCUCAUUUAUCAUUUACUUUCUUCCCUCUAUAUCUUAUUAUUCAUCAUAAAAGGAAGCCUGAUAGACCUAAUGAAUAUUCACCAUCUCAAUCAUUCCAUACAGAAUUCUGCCAUCAUACAUUAUUUUCAACUCAUAUUCUUCAGACCAAAAUUUAAAAAAAGAAAAAUAUUUUUGUUUAACUCUUUCUCUCUAUCCUCUCUUCUAUUUCUCUCCAUCCUCUCUUCUUUCUCUCUAUCCUCUCUUCUAUUUCUCUCCAUCCUCUCUUCUUUCUCUCUAUCCUCUCUUCUAUUUCUCUCUAUCCUCUCUUCUUUCUCUCUAUCCUCUCUUCUUUCUCUCUAUCCUCUCUUCUAUUUCUCUCUCUCUCUUUUCUCUCUCCAUCCUCUCUUUCUUCUUUCUCUCUAUCCUUCUAUUUCUCUCCAUCCUCUUUCUUUCUCUCUAUCCUCUCUUCUCUUUCUCUCCAUCCUCUCUUCUUUCUCUCUAUCCUCUCUUCUAUUUCUCUCCAUCCUCUCUUCUUUCUCUCUAUCCUCUCUUCUAUUUCUCUCCAUCCUCUCUUCUUUCUCUCUCCAUCCUCUCUUUCUUCUUUCUCUUUAUCCUCUCUUCUAUUUCUCUCCAUCAUCUCUUCUUUCUCUCUAUCCUCUCUUCUAUUUCUCUCCAUCCUCUCUUCUUUCUCCUCUUCUAUUUCUCUCCAUCCUCUUUCUUUUUCUCUCCAUCCUCUCUUCUUUCUCUCUAUCCUCUCUUCUAUUUCUCUCCAUCCUCUCUUCUUUCUCUCUAUCUCUCUUCUAUUUCUCUCCAUCCUCUCUUUCUUUCUCUCUAUCCUCUCUUCUAUUUCUCUCCAUCCUCUCUUCUUUCUCUCUAUCCUCUUCUAUUUCUCUCCAUCCUCUCUUCUUUCUCUCUAUCCUCUCUUCUUUCUCUCUAACCUCUCUUCUCUCUCCAUCCUCUCUUCUUUCUCUCUAUCCUCUCUUCUCUCCAUCCUCUCUUCUUUCACUCUCCAUCCUCUCUUCUUCUUUCUCUCCUAUUUCUCUCCAUCCUCUCUUCUUUUCUCUCUAUCCUCUCUUCUAUUUCUCUCCAUCCUCUCUUCUUUCUCUCUCUCCAUCCUCUUUUCUUCUUUCUCUCUAUCCUCUCUUCUUCUUCCUCUCUUCUUUUCUCUCUAUCCUCUCUUCUAUUUCUCUCCAUCCUCUCUUCUUUCUCUCCAUCCUCUCUUUCUUCUUUCUCUCUAUCCUAUUUCUCUCAUCCUCUCUUCUUUCUCUCUAUCCUCUCUUCUAUUUCUCUCCAUCCUCUCUUCUUUCUCUCUCCAUCCUCUCUUUCUUCUUUCUCUCUAUCCUCUCUUCUAUUUCUCUCCAUCCUCUCUUCUUUCUCUCUAUCCUCUCUUCUAUUUCUCUCCAUCCUCUCUUCUUUCUCUCUCCAUCCUCUCUUUCUUCUUUCUCUCUAUCCUCUCUUCUAUUUCUCUCCAUCCUCUCUUCUUUCUCUCUCCAUCCUCUCUUUCUUCUUUCUCUCUAUCCUAUUUCUCUCCAUCCUCUCUUCUUUCUCUCUAUCCUCUCUUCUAUUUCUCUCCAUCCUCUUUCUUUCUCUCUAUCCUCUCUUCUCCAUCCUCUCUUCUUUCUCUCUAUCCUCUCUUCUAUUUCUCUCUAUCCUCUCUUCUUUCUCUCCAUCCUCUCUUUCUUCUUUCUCUCUAUCCUUUCUCUCCAUCCUCUCUUUCUUUCUCCCCAUCCUCUCUUCUAUUUCUCUCCAUCCUCUCUUCUUUCUCUCUCCAUCCUCUCUUUCUUCUUUCUCUAUCCUCUCUCUCUCUCCAUCCUCUCUUCUUUCUCUCCAUCCUCUCUUUCUUCUUUCUCUCUAUCCUAUUUCUCUCCUCUCUUCUAUUUCUCUCCAUCCUCUCUUCUUUCUCUCUCCAUCCUCUCUUUUCUUCUUUCUUUCUAUCCUCUCUUCUAUUUCUCUCCAUCCUCUCUUCUCCAUCCAUCUCUCUUCUUUCUCUCUAUCCUAUUCUCUCCAUCCUCUUCUCUCCUCUCAUCCUCUUCUCUUCCUCUUUCUCUCUCCAUCCUCUCUUUCUUCUUUCUCUCUAUCCUCUCUUCUAUUUCUCUCCAUCCUCUCUCUUUCUCUCUCCAUCCUCUCUUCUUUCUCUCUCCAUCCUCUCUUUCUUCUUUCUCUCUAUCCUCUCUUUCUCUCCAUCCUCUCUUCUUUCUCUCUAUCCUCUCUUCUAUUUCUCUCCAUCCUCUCUUCUUUCUCUCCAUCCUCUCUUUCUUCUUUCUCUCUCCUCUCUUCUAUUUCUCUCCAUCCUCUUCUUUCUCUCUAUCCUCUCUUCUAUUUCUCUCCAUCCUCUCUUCUUUCACUCUCCAUCCUCUCUUUCUUCUUUCUCUCUAUCCUAUUUCUCUCCAUCCUCUCUUCUUUCUCUCUAUCCUCUCUUCUAUUUCUCUCCAUCCUCUCUUCUUUCUCUCUCCAUCCUCUCUUUCUUCUUUCUCUCUAUCCUCUCUUUCUCCAUCCUCUCUUCUUUCUCUCUAUCCUCUCUUCUCUCUCCAUCCUCUCUUCUUUCUCUCUCCAUCCUCCUUUCUUCUUUCUCUCUAUCCUCUCUUCUAUUUCUCUCCAUCCUCUUCUUUCUCUCUCAUCCUCUCUUCUUUUCUCUCCAUCCUCUCUUCUUUCUCUCUCCAUCCUCUCUUUCUUCUUUCUCUCUCUUUCUCUCUCUUCUAUUUCUCUCCAUCCUCUCUUCUUUUUCUCUCUAUCCUCUCUUCUAUUUCUCUCCAUCCUCUCUUCUUUCUCUCUAUCCUCUCUUCUAUUUCUCUCCAUCCUCUCUUCUUUCUCUCUAUCCUCUCUUCUAUUUCUCUCCAUCCUCUCUUCUUUCUCUCUAUCCUCUCUUCUAUUUCUCUCCAUCCUCUCUUCUUUCUCUCUAUCCUCUCUUCUAUUUCUCUCUAUCCUCUCUUCUUUCUCUCUCCAUCCUCUCUUUCUUCUUUCUCUCUAUCUCCUCUUUAUCCUCUCUGUCCUCUCUUUCUCUCUAUCCUAUCUUUCUUUUCUUUCUCUCUAUCCUCUCUUUUUCUGUCCAUUUUCUCUCACUUUCUUCUUCUUUCUCCUUCCUCUCACUUUCUCUUUCUCCUUCCUCUCACUCUCUCUUUCUUUCUAUCCUUUUCUUUUCUCUCUUUCUUUCCAUCUUUCACUUUGAAUAAAAUAUUUAUUUGCAUUUAA